AUGUCAGGAUUUUAUAUUGAUACUAAUGCUGACAGAGAUUUGUACAAUACAUACAAACCCAGUCAAUCACUAGCAUCCACUGUACCACAAACACCUGUGGUCAAGCAUGCAUAUCCCUCUCAGUCCACUACCACUCGACACUUGCAUCGUCAAAAAACUCGGUCCAAACCACUCGAUACAACUAGAAAUAAACCCAAACCAAAAGGUAGGACUGGAUCCAAGGGAAAGCCCCAGUCUGUUCAGUCCAAUGUCAAGCUGCAUCAUCUUGGUCACAGCAGCGAUGAUGAGUUUAUCCAAGACUAUAUUGACAAUGUCGAUGGUGAUGAUGAUUGGACUGCAUACCCUGUGUCGGGUAUUUCAUCCAUGUCAUUGGGUGAUGAACAGCCAUUGGUUCGUCAAUCAAGACAAACUGGUCAGUCUGUUCAACAGCAGUCGCUACAACCAAAACCUCAUUCGCCUAUUGUGCAACAGAGUUCAAGUUUGUAUCAGUUCGAGUCGGGAAUCCUUGAAAAUCUGUUGCAUGAUGUUGAUACUAUGAAUGAUACUGUCAGAGUUGGACGCCAUGCAAAACAAUCGUUUAUGUCGAGUCAAGCCUGCGACUCGGAUUCCUUGUGUGAUGAUGACAGCCAAACCGAUACUGACAGUGAAUACUCCGAGUCCAUACACAGCAAUGACUCGGAUAUAUCCGUUGAUGGAUACAUUGAUUCUGUAAAUGAUCGCACUGCAACAGUGUUUGAUAUUGAUCAAGAGUCGAGGUAUUUGCAAGGCACACUCAGCAACAGUCCUUUGACUUGGUCAAAUGGAUCACCUAGACGCAUGUGGAGAAAGUCAUGCGAUAGUCAAUCCGAAACCAGCAGUGAUGAAAUUGAUACUAUUGAAUCCAUGAAUACGCAUGCAAACAGUCAAUUGAUGCUAGAUCGUCAUGCAGAAUUCCGAUUUCAGCAGAUUCUGAAUGGUGAUUUCACACAACCAUCCAGAUCUGUAUCUGCUGAGCAAGCCUCCAAAAUAUCCAAAUCAGCACUCAAAACACAACGCAAAAACGAUCGUCGCAAAGCCAAACAACAUGUAAAAAGCCGCCAUCAUGACUUGACUGCUCAAGGUCGUACUUUUGACGCUCAGCUCUCCAAUAGCCGCAACCCAACACAGUUCAAUGCAGUCAUUAAACUAUUUCUGCACUCCAUCAACAAAAUGGUCCAUGAUUUUGUUGUGGCUAAACCGCAGUAUGGACAACUGUCACUUCCACCCAUGAUGAGUGAUGUACGUAAAUUUGCAGUGAUCCUUGUCAAGCGGUAUCAAAUGCGUCCAAAGACAAUGGGCAAAGCAAGAUCAAAGUAUAUCGAGGCUUAUACAACACGAACAACGUGUGUGCCUGAAUCGUGGCGGACAAUACCAAAUGAGAUCAUGCGUGAAAAACUGUUCGAGAUUGGCGAGAUUGCUGACCGAUUUACUGGCUCAGUUGUCAAACUCCAUGUUGCUAGAAAACCCAGAAUGUCGCCAGACAGCAAAAUGAAACGGUCGCACAAAACCGGUAUGAAAAAAGACCCACAUCACAAACAUACUGUUGUUAAACAAGGUCAUGUUGUGGGUGAAUCUAGCCAACCGAUUGGAAAUGAAAACGUUGGUCAUAAAAUGCUGCUUGCUAUGGGAUGGAAUCCAGGACAGUCGCUGGGCACAGGAAACAAAGGCAUCGUUGAUCCUGUCAAGGUUGUUAUACGAACUGAGCGUAGUGGUCUUGGUGCAGAAUGA